AUGGGUCAUCUGUUGUGGCUCUGCCAAUUGGCAGAUAAUGUAUCUGUCUUCGGUUUGACCUUGUUCGCUUUGCAGUCUUUGUCUUGCAUCCUCACUGGCUCCAAGCCCUUCAGAGGGGCAACGGGUGAAUUGCUAACCUGUCGCAUCUGCCAUGCUGCCCGCCCCUCCGACGAACAGGCCCAUUCGUCGGUUGAUCUGCGUCUGUCUAGGCCUGCCAACAUAGGACUUAUCGAGCAGAUACCAAUCCAGUCGAAGAGGCACUGUUGA